AUGUGGGAAAAACUCCCGUUCGCUAUGAACUUCAAGGUUUACAUGUUUAAUUACACCAACCCAGAGGAAGUACAAAGGGGCGGUGUACCUAUCGUCAAAGAAAUCGGCCCUUACCAUUUCGACGAAUGGAAAGAAAAAGUGGAAGUGGAAGAUGACGAAGAAGAUGAUACAAUCACAUAUAGGAAAAGAGACACGUUUUACUUCAGACCAGAUUUGUCGGGACCUGGACUUACUGGCGAAGAAAUCAUCAUCAUGCCUAAUAUUGUUAUGCUGGCAGUAACGACAGUUGUAGCUAAAGAGAAGCCAGUAUUACUCAACACAGUCGGGAAAGCUUUCAAUUACCUUUUUGAUACCCCACAAGAUAUCUUCAUGCGAGUGAAGGUUCUGGAUAUCUUGUUUAGAGGCAUAAUAGUGAAUUGCGCACAAUCUGAUUUCGCACCAAAGGCUGUUUGCUCAGCACUCAAGAGAAGGGCUGCUAAUAACUUAAUCAUUGAACCAAACAAACAAUUCAAAUUCUCUUUAUUUGGAAAGCGAAAUGGCUCUAUCGAUGAUCACAUCGUGACUGUAAAGAGAGGCAUCAGAAACAUAAUGGACGUAGGACAAGUGAUCGCCCUCGACGGAAAACCUGAACUGAACUUAUGGAGAGAUACAUGCAAUCAAUUCCAAGGAACGGACUGGACAGUUUUCCCACCAUUUCUGACUGAAAAGGAUAGGCUUGAGGUGUAUUUUGGUGAUCUAUGCAGAUACUUUAAGCCAUGGUAUCAAAAGAAGACUUCAUACAACGGCAUCAAGACUAACCGCUACGUUGUCAACAUUGGAGAUUUCGCAAGCGACCCUAAUCUUCAGUGCUUCUGCGAAACUCCUGAUACUUGCCCACCUAAGGGCAUGAUGGAACUAAAGAAAUGUACAGGUGCUCCGAUGUACGCAUCAUUACCUCAUUAUCUAGAAUGUGAUCCACACUUUGUGACUAAGGUAAAGGGAGUUCAUCCUGAUGUGAAUCAGCACGGAAUGGAAAUUGAUUUUGAACCAGUGUCCAUGGGCGACGGUAAUCACUUACCAUCAGAUAAUCUUAUCGGCUUAGCAUCGUCGCCUUCAUCAGCCAAAGCCAGCAAAGUGAAUCCAGAGGUUAACCAGCCCAACGGUGUCAGCGUUAUUGGUAAAACACAGAAUCGUCCCAAAACCGAUAUGUAA